GCAGUUCUAGAAAUUUACAUUCGAGAAAAGUCAGAAAAGGAAAAAGGCAAAUGCACAGAGCGAUUGUUGAUUUUUUGAAUAGUAAAUCGUAAGUGAUUAAGUGAACGCGUAGUGAAAAGUGUUGUGUGUAUUGUUUUUUCUUCGAACACAGUUUGUGAUAUUCUAUAAACGUAAUAUUUUGUAAAAAUGGUGGACUACAGCAAAUGGAAAGAUAUUGAGAUAUCUGAUGACGAAGAUGAGACGCAUCCAAACAUCGACACACCUUCACUGUUUCGAUGGAGACACCAAGCACGUCUCGAGCGUAUGGAAGAGAGAAAAAGGGAAAAAGAGGAAUUCGAACGCAAGAAGAAUGAAACAAAGAGAAAAUUAGCAGAAGCCAAAAGCAAACUCGCUGACAUUGCUUCUGAUGGGCCUGAUUUAGAAUCAUUGAAGAAAACUUUGGCCGAGUUGGAAAAAGAAGACAGAGAGCUUCAAAAGAAGGAGCAAGAGCUUAAAAAGAAAGAGAAACAGACACCAUGGAAUGUGGACACAAUCAGUGAGCCCGGUUUUACAAAAACUGUUAUUAACACAAAACCCGCGCGUCCGAAGGAUGAGAAUUUAACUGAGGAAGAAAAAGAAGAAAAGAUGAGGAUGUUUAUCAAAGAAAAUGAGAAACUUUUAAAACAAUUUGGCAUGUUGAGAAAAUAUGAUGACUCAAAGGCAUUCCUUCAGCAACACCCACAGCUAGCAUGUGAAGAAACAGCUAACUACCUUGUGAUCUGGUGUAUCAACUUAGAAAUGGAAGAGAAACAUGACCUCAUGGCCCAUGUAGCCCAUCAAACAAUCUGCAUGCAGUACAUUUUGGAACUCUCCAAACAACUGGAUGUGGACCCUAGAGCAUGCAUUGGAUCAUUCUUCUCCAGGAUACAGGUGGCUGAGAAAACAUACAAAGAUUCAUUUGAUGAUGAGCUGAAUCAGUUCAAAGCCAGAAUCCAGAAGCGUGCUGCAGAGAAGAUUGAGCAAGCCAUCAAGGAGCAAGAAGAGGAGGAAAGAAAAGAGAGACUUGGGCCAGGAGGGCUGGACCCUGUUGAGGUGUAUGCAGAACUUCCAGAUGAACUGAAAAAAUGCUUUGACACACAAGAUGUUCCACUGCUUCAAGCAACAAUAGCCAAGAUGCCAGAACAGGAGGCUAUUUACCACAUGAAGAGAUGUGUUGACUCAGGCUUAUGGGUACCCGGCAAAAAUGAUGAAGAACCCACCAUGAAAGAGAAUAAUGCUGCUCCGGCUGCCAGUUCUGAUGACGUAGACUGAGAUUACAAUCACACAAAACGUAGUUUAAAUGUAGACGUAACAUAAAUUUUAAAUUGUUUUAAUGGUGCAUUCAUUACAAAAAUGUUCAAAUACAAUACGAAGAAACAGACUAAAUUCGUUCAGGUUUACAUUAGGCGGGUCCACACAGAGCGAGCAUACACGCGAGGCAAUUUUCUCACGCACAAACCGGCCAGUGUAGACGUGCCUCAGCCGAGGCGGCGCAAUCAGGCGAGGAAAUCGCGCCCGCCUAUUCGUAAAUGGACCGGAAAUUCGUAUUUUUUUUAAUGAGAAAUCUGUAUUUGCAAGCUGGAUAGCAGUCAGCCCUAUUUAUACCUAUCAUGACGCCAAGUCUUCCUCUCCGUUCAAUCUGCGAAUCCCAUUGCACUCAGUAAAAGAUAUUGUAUUUAUUUGCUGAAUGUAUUUUUGUGAAUGAUUUAAAUUGAGAUGUAAUAUUAAAAUUAAAUGUAUGUUAAGAAAAAAACAAACUUAUUUUGAUUAGA